AUGUAUGCCAAUUGUGGGUAUUUUGGUGAAGCGAUUCAACUCUUUGGAGAUGGUGCAGAUGUAGAUGUUGUUGCUGGGAAUACAAUGAUUAUGUCUCUUUUAAAAUUUAGGAACAUAGACAAUGCACAUGAUAUGUUCGAUGAAAUGCCUCAUAGAAACUCUGUUUCUCGGAAUAAUAUGAGAAAUGGGUAUGUAAGAAAAGGGAAGUGGGUUGAAGCAUUAGAUCUUUUUAGAAUCAUGCAAACAAGGAAGAUGAAGCCAAGUCAGUUCAUCUUGGUGAGUUUGUUAAAUGCUUCAGCAAACUUAGGAGCAUUGAAUCAAGGUGAGUGGAUUCAUGAUUAA